AUGUAUAGACAUCAGAGAGCUCUUGUCCAGUCACUAUAUCUUGCAAAUUAUAACAGCUUAACAGACGAGCAUCUUGCAGGCUAUUUCAGCAACACCAGGAUAAGACGUCAUCUGCGGAGAUCAGGACUGAUCUCAAGAAGUGGAAGAAUAAUAUCAGACAAGGAAUAUCGACUAAAUGCCAUGAAGAAGGAUCAUCAGAAGUAUAUACGGGAAUGCUUGGCUCAGGCCAUAUUCCACAAAGUCCUUGAUAUGGAACGACAUCAUCAGGUUGAGGUAAAAAGAAGACUUGAGAGCUCUGCCAGGCGAGAGCGUAUCCAGCGAGUCAAGGUGGAACGAUCAAGAAAGGCAGUAGGUAGUACACAUCACCUACUUCCCCCACAUCCACCCACUGUACCAAGAAAUCGCUUUGGACGCAGCAGGUUGAGUGACAGAGGACAAUCAAGUCACUCGAUUACUUACCCUCGACCAAGCACUGCUCCAGGAAAUGUACAACAGUCGGUCCGACUUCAACCCCUGUAUGGAAAUGUCACGACAGAAGGUUCAUCAAAGACUGUUUUGAGCUCCAGACCAAAGUUUCUCACCGUUGAAAAAGAAUACCAGUUUGCCAGCGAGGGGGACAAAGGGAUGUUAAGGCCUGUGCGUUCAAUGGAUUAUUCAGCUGAAGUAUCCCCAUACAGACUUCCCAUUAUUAACAAUUAUAUGAUACCUGUUCCACAACCACCCAGAAGUGACAAGAACAUCAGCCCCAUGAAACCUGGGGCAAGAGGUCGACGGUUUCGCCCUACAACUUCAUCAAAUGGCCUGGAGCAAUUGCUGAUGAAGGACACUGGAAAAUUCUACAAGCCUCAAAUACAAAGCAAUGCAUACGUUACCAUGGUCUACUUGGGAAAAACCGUGCACCUUUCAUACGACCUUUUAGAUUAUCGGGAAGAAAUAAAAAUAUAUCAACAACACUGUGGAGGAGAAAACCUAUGUGUGUACAGAGGCAAACUGCUGGAGGGAGAAACAUUUCAGUUUGUCUCCAGGAGGCAUUAUGGCUUUCCCUUCAGUCUCACAUUUUAUCUCAGUGGAAUUCAGGUUGACCGAUUAAGUUCUUGCUGUGAAUAUAAGCAUCGGAAAGGUACUCGGCUAGGAGGCAAGCAUGGAUACUUUGGUUUUGUCAAUGUGGAAAGAUCAUCUCCUUGCUAUAGAUGUAUCAUUUCAAUGGGCCUGGACAAAAAGCCUACACCUCCAAAGAAGAAGACUCUUGAGGAUAAUGCAAAGCAGGAAGAUUGGAAGAAAGAGGAAGUGAGAUACAAGCUGAGAGAGGAAAAAAAAGUCUUAAUGUCCCAGUUUCCUUCAACUCCUGCAGCAAAGAAAGGAUUUGCAGAACAUGCUGAAGAAAUGAAAUUGGAGACAAGAAAAAAAAGAGAAAGAGACAGUGAUAAAUUUGAGGAUACCCAGAGAAGUGCUGCUCAUGAAGCCUAUGAAGAAGAUUUUGAAGCUGAUGAAGAGAAAUCAGUUGGGAAAGUUCAUAAAGAAGCACGUGCUGGUGAUCAAAUGAGUGGAACAGGAAAGUCACUCUCGGACAAUGAAACAGACCAUGAAAGGAAGAAAAAAAUCUCAUCACAGAAAUCUUCGCGGGCUUCUGACAGUGAGCGAGAUGAAAGCGAGGGAUAUACAGAGAGCAACACGGAGGAAGAGGAGAGGAAACAUGAUAGGAAGCAUGUGCUUUCCCUCUCCUGCAGCAGCACGUUAUACAGCAGUGAAAAUGAAUCUGGGUCUGAAACCAGGAAGCGUGAUGAUGAGGAAGACCAUACAGACAUUCAUUCAGAAUGUGAAACAGAAACCACCAAAUCUCAGCGAGAGGGAAGUCAGGAAACUGAUGUGGAAGAAGAGGAAAGCUUGGGGGAAACAGAAAACAUGGCCACCAGGGAUGUGCCAGAUAUCUUCUAUGAAGAAAAGGUGGAGAUGAACCUACAGGACAUGAGUCCAGGCCGUGAGAAACUCAAGCCUAUAGGGUCGGUAGACAUGAGGGAAGAUGGGGAGGAGAAAGAGAAGGAUAAGUUAGUGCAUUUAAAAAGCAGUGCUCUAGAAGGACAUCUGAGAAGCAAGAUUUCUGAAGAUGAGGAAGGUGGUGAGUAUGAUCGCAAAUUGGUCAGAGAGAAAAUAGCUGAGGCUCUUGAAAAAGAUCGCCUUUUGAGUUCUGAACCUGAACCUAGUGAUUACAGUACAGAGGAUGAGGAAGAACAGACCACUGCCGCUCAAAAGAAACAUGAAGUACCAGAUGGAGAUUCCUUGGCAAAACAGUCAAGAAGGAUUGAAUCACAGAAGGCUGAAAAGCAAAUGAAGGAAGAGAGACAGAUGGUGGGCAAGGAAAGAGGACUUGAGGAAGAGGAGCUUGUAGAUGGGGAAGGCCCCAAAGAAGCAGCUCUAACAGAAGAAUUGCUAGCAAGUCUCAGAGCAGACCAGGCAGUAAAGCCUGAACUUGUGGCAGAAAAAACAGAAUGGGAGAAAAAAACGAUAGAAUCAGAAAAAGCAAUAACAUCCAAGGAAGAAAAAUCAUCUGAGAGGGCAAAAGCAGAGGAAGUGGCAAAAGCAGAGGGAAUGGCCAUAAAACAUGAAGUUGCUCCAAAAGAGGAGGUUCUAGGGGGAUUCCAGUCAGAAGAGGAAGAAGUUGAAGACACUGAUUUUACUAAGAAGCUAAGAGCCACUAAAAGAGAAGAACGUGUGCAAUGGCAGGCCCCUGAGGCAGAAGAAAGUACAGAAGUAACUGAGGCAUCAAAAGUUUUAAAGACGAGAGAAUUAGGAGGAACUGAGGCAAUGGAAAGAGACAUAUAUGAAGCAAAAAAAAAAGGGAAAGGAGAAUAUCAGACAAAAGAAGCUUUGGAGGCAACAUCUAUAGAAAAGAUCACUAUGGCAGAGGUACAAGAAAAGGUGGGAAAAGCAGAACCUGAAGAAAAGGUAACUUUUCAGGAGAAAACACGUGAAGCAGAGGCUGGGAAAAAAGAUCACAUAAUGGAAAAGCAAAGAAAAGAUGAUGUGUUUUUGAGGGAAGAUGAAAAUAUAGAGGAGGGAAAAUAUGAAUUGAGCCCCAAGUCCCUUAUGGAAGCAGGACUUAGAACACCAACAUUAAAAGUGGGAGAUGCUCUCUCCAGAGAUGAAAAAGCAAUUGCUUCAGAAAAGGCAUUAAGUGAAGUUCCACCUGAGACAGAAGAAAUAAUCCAAGGUAUUUCGUCCAGAUGGGAUGAAGAGUUAUACCAAGCACCUCUAGAUGUGAAUGGGAUGAAAGCUAUAUCUACAGAAGAUUUAGCCCUCAAGAAAAUAGAACCUGGGGUAGAAGAGGCCUUCCUUGACCAUGAAACUGAAAGGGUUAUUUUAGCAGAAGAAGAACCCUUGAAAAUGACCGAGGAAAAGAAGGCAGCAGGCAAACCAUAUCCUGAAAGGGAGAAAGACAGACAAACAGCAGAAAAAGAUAUUGUGGUGACUGAGCCAACAGCCCAAGAAGGAAAGGAUGUAGUACAAUCUAUGGAAAGAGAAGCUAAACAAAGAGAGACUGAAGAGAGGCGAAUGUCCAAAACUGUACCUCUAGAAGAGAAACUGGACAUUGAGAAAGAAGGGCUUUUUACUGAAACCAGCUUAGAAGAUGAGGCAUUGCUGACUGAAGAAUCAGCAGGGAAGGAAAAGGCAAAAGGAGAGAUGUGGGCUGAAGAUUCAGAGAGAGAAAUGAAAGGAUUGCCUCAAAGAAAGAAAAUGAUUGAAGAAGAGCAUAUAGCACUCAGAGGAAAGGCAGAAGCUGAAGAGGGAGAUGCUGAGAUGGGACUUAAAGGAGAGGCAGAAACUGAUGAGGCAGGAAGAGAAGUUAAAAUUAAAGGGAAGGUAGGGAAAGGAGAGGUAGGAGAAAAAGUGGAAUUUCAAUGGGAGGUAGAAGGAGACAUGGCACUUAAAAGGAAGGCAGAAACUGGUGAGGCCAAAGCUGAGGUGGGACCUAAAGGGGAGAUAGAAGCUGCAGAGACAGAAGCUGACAUGACACCUGAAUGGAAAGCAGAAACUGGACAGGUUAAAGCUAAGGUGGCACCUAAAGGGGAGUUAGAUGCUGAAAAAGCAGAAACUGAGGUGACCCUUAAAAGGGAGGCAGAAACUGGAGAGGUCAAAGCUAAGGUGGUACCCAAAGGGGAGUUAGAUGCUGAAGAAGUGGAAGCUGAGGUGACCCUUAAAAGGGAGGCAGAAACCGGACAGGUCAAAGCUAAGGUGGCACCUAAAGGGGAGUUAGAUGCUGAAGAAGCAGAAGCUGAGGUCACACUUGAAUGGAAAGCAGAAACUGGACAGGUUAAAGCUAAGGUGGCACCUAAAGGGGAGUUAGAUGCUGAAGUAGCAGAAGCUGAGGUGACCCUUAAAAGGGAGGCAGAAACCAGACAGGUCAAAGCUAAGGUGGCACCUAAAGGGGAGUUAGAUGCUGAAGUAGCAGAAGCUGAGGUGACCCUUAAAAGGGAGGCAGAAACCGGACAGGUCAAAGCUAAGGUGGUACCCAAAGGAGAGUUAUAUGCUGAAGAAGUGGAAGCUGAGGUGACCCUUAAAAGGGAGGCAGAAACUGGACAGGCCAAAGCUAAGGUGGUACCCAAAGGAGAGUUAUAUCCUGAAGAAGCGGAAGCUGAGGUGACCCUUAAAUGGGAGGCAGAAACUGGACAGGUCAAAGCUAAGGUGGUAACCAAAGGGGAGUUAGAUGCUGAAGAAGCAGAAGCUGAGGUGACCCUUAAAAGGGAGGCAGAAACCAGACAGGUCAAAGCUAAGGUGGUACCCAAAGGGGAGUUAGAUGCUGAAGAAGUGGAAGCUGAGGUGACCCUUAAAAGGGAGGCAGAAACUGGACUGGUCAAAGCUAAGGUGGUACCCAAAGGGGAGUUAGAUACUGAAGAAGUGGAAGCUGAGGUGACCCUUAAAAGGGAGGCAGAAACUGGACUGGUCAAAGCUAAGGUGGUACCCAAAGGGGAGUUAGAUGUUGAAGAAGUGGAAGCUGAGGUGACCCUUAGAAGGGAGUCAGAAACUGGACUGGUCAAAGCUAAGGUGGUACCCAAAGGGGAGUUAGAUAUUGAAGAAGCAGAAGCUGAGGUGACACUUGAAUGGAAAGCAGAAACUGGACAGGUCAAAACUAAGGUGGUACCCAAAGGGGAGUUAGAUGCUGAAGAAGUGAAAGCUGAGGUGACCCUUAAAAGGGAGGCAGAAACUGGACAGGUCAAAGCUAAGGUGGUACCCAAAGGGGAGUUAGAUGCCGAAGAAGUGGAAACUGAGGUGACCCUUAAAAGGGAGGCAGAAACUGGACAGGUCAAAGCUAAGGUGGCACCUAAAGGGGAGUUGGAUGCUGAAGAAGCAGAAGCUGAGGUGACACUUGAAUGGAAAGCAGAAACUGGACAGGUUAAAGCUAAGGUGGCACCUAAAGGGGAGUUAUAUGCUGAAGAAGCAGAAGCUGAGGUGACACUUGAAUGGAAAGCAGAAACUGGACAGGUUAAAGCUAAGGUGGCACCUAAAGGGGAGUUAUAUGCUGAAGAAGCAGAAGCUGAGGUGACACUUGAAUGGAAAGCAGAAACUGGACAGGUUAAAGCUAAGGUUGUACCUAAAAGAGAUUUAGAUGCUGAAGAAGCAGAAGCUGAGGUGACAAUUACAUGGAAAGCAGAAACUGGACAGGUCAAAGCUAAGGUUGUACCUAAAGGGGAUUUAGAUGCUGAAGAAGCAGAAGCUGGGGUGACACCUAAAAGGGAGGAAGAAACUGGACACAUCAAAGCUAAGGUGGAACGUAAAGGGGAGUUAGAUGUUGAAGAAGGAGAAGCUGAGGUGACACUUAAGGAGAAAGCAGAAACUAUAGAAGCAGAAUCUGAUGUGGUAGCUGAAAGGGAAUUAGCAGUCAAAGGGGCAGAAGCUGAGGGGACACUUAAAAAGAAGGCAGAAGGCAAGGUAGCACUUCAACCAAAGGCAGAAACUGUGAAGGCAGAGGCUGAUGUGAUAUCUGAAGGGGUAUUAGAAGCCAAAGAGGCAGAAGCUGAGGGGACACUCAAAAGGAAGGCAGAAACUGGACAGGUUGAAGCUAAGGUGGUACUGAAAGGGGAAUUAUAUGCUGAAGAAGCAGUAGCUGAGGUGGUACUUAAAAGGGAGGGAGAAACUGGACAGUUUAAAACUGAGGUGGUACCUGAAAGGGACUUAUAUGGUGAAGAAGCAGAAGCUGAGGUGGUACCUGAACGGGAGUUAUAUGCUGAAGAAGCAGAAGCUGAGGUGAUCCUUAAAAGGGUGGCAGAAAUUGGACAGGUCAAAGCUAAGGUGGUACCCAAAGGGGAGUUAGAUGCUGAAGAAGCAGAAGCUGAGGUGACCCUUAAGGGCAAAGCAGAAACUGUAGAGGCAGAGUCUGAUGUGAUAGCUGGAAGGGAAUUAGAAGCCAAAGAGGCAGAAGCUGUGGGGAUGCUUAAAGAGAAGGCAGAAGGCAAGGUAGCAGUUAAAUGGAAGGCAGAACCUGUAAAGGCAGAGGUAGACAUUGCACUUGAAGAGGAGGGAGAAGCUAAAGUUGUACCUAAAGGCAGGGAAGCAGGAAUGGAAGAUUCAGAAGUAGAGGGAGAAGUGAUUUCUGUGGUCAGAGGAUCUCUGAGAGAAACCAUCAUUGGAGGACAAAGGUUAGUCACCAUGAGAGAAGAGAUUAUAGCAGAAGUAAAACAUACUCCUCAAUCAGUGCCACAAAAAAAAGCAUUUGGUGGAGGAGAUAAUAAAAAGCAGGGAAUGACUAAUGAAGCUGGUCUCCAAACUGGAGUAUCUGACAAGACUGAAACAAGUGAAACAUUUCUUUACAUGGAAGUGCAGAAGGAAAUCAUAGGAAGUGCAGAAGGAAGUCCUGAAGAAGAAAAGGAAGAUGAUGAAUCAGAAACAGGAGAAGAGAUGGCGAGAGAAGGAAUGAUAACACUUGCAGAUGUAGAAGAAGCUCUGUUAAUAGGGAUACAGCAGUUGAUAACAGAAGUAUCGCAGAUCAAUGAAAAAUUGGAAGAUAAAGAAGAACCUCUGGUGGAAAGAUCAGCAGAAGACAUAUCAACUCAGGAGAAUGCUGUGAGUGAAGAUUUUUUUGCCGUUGUAGUAGCAGAAAGGGAGAUCACUGAGAGCACUAAUGCUGAAGAAGAAGGAAUAGGGGAUCCUUUGGAAGAAAUCCCUUCCGAGGAAGAAGAUGGAAGUAUAAACUGUGAAAUAGGAUUGGCCAUUGUAGUAGCAGAAGAAAGGGAGAUCACUGAGAGCACUAAUGCUGAGGAAGAAGGAACAGGGGAGCCUUUGGAAGAAAUCCCUUCCGAGGAAGAAGAUGGAAGUAUAAACUGUGAAAUAGGAUUGGCCGUUGUAGUAGCAGAAGAAAGGGAGAUCACCGAGAGCACUAACGUUGAGGAAGAAGGAAUAGGGGAUCCUUUGGAAGAAAUCCCUUCCGAGGAAGAAGAUGGAAGUAUAAACUGUGAAAUAGGAUUGGCCAUUGUAGUAGCAGAAGAAAGGGAGAUCACUGAGAGCACU